UUGAAGCCCCUCAGCGGCGCGCGGCCCGGCCCGGUUUCGUUGAGGGCCGCCCCGGCCCCGGCCCCGGCCCCGGCUCCGGCCCCGGCCCCGCUCCGCUUUCCCCGCUCCGAGCCAUGGACGUGACCGGGGACUUCUUCGGCAAGCUGCGGGAGCUGGCUCUCACGGUGGAGAAGGAGGUGAAGCAGCUGGAGCAGGCCAUGCGCCGGGAGGACGCGGACUAUGAAGAUGAAUCUCCGCUCGCAGUCUUGAAUGACCUCCAUGGCGAAAUCAAGGCUCAGAAGGAAGAUGUUAGUGCCAGUCUUGGUAAGAUUUGCUCUGAAAAAAAAGCAGUUCAAGAGUUUAUGAAAGCAAGUGAAAUCUUGAUGCAAAGAAAUGCAGCAGAUCUUGGAAAAAUAAGAGAACUGUUCCAGAAAUAUGGCUACAAACCAAAUGUCAAAGACUCUACAGAAGAGGAGGAUGAAGCAAACAGUGAAUCAGCAACGUCUGUUCAGAAGAGCUCUGAUGAAGAAAAAGCAAAUGAUGUACCUCAGCCAUCUGCCUCUGCGGAGAAGCCACCGUUGCCCAAAGACCCGCUGCGUAACCCCCAGCUCUCCGAUUUCGGUCUCUCACAGUACGCGUUCUCCAGGCCUUGGAGCGCGCUGAAAGCGCAGCACGCAGCGGGUGCGAGUCAGCUGAAGGCCAAGAGCGAGACUCCACUUGGAUUGCGAACACCGCGGGCUUUGCCCAAAACACCGAAAUGUAAGCUGAAGAUGGAUGACUACGAGUGUGUAACGCCAAAACUCGAACACUUCGGCAUUAGUGAACAUACCAUGUGUAUGAACGAAGAUUAUACGAUGUCACUUAUUCAUAAAACUUCUCAGACAAUCAAAAAGUUGGUUAAAAGAGGAGAUAAUAAUGGAGGGAAUUUGCCAGAAAUGACAGUCAAGGAAAUCAUGGUUACUCCUGCAUCAAAAUCAAGUAAGAGAGCUAAGAAUGCAGCAGCUGACUGGAUGGCUUCUCCUAUGGUAUUUGUGUUCUGUACUCCUGACGUGAAGGACUCCUCCAAAACAAAUAAUACAGUAUUAUCAAGGUCACCAGAGACAAAGGAACUGCCUCUUCCCAGUCAUGCAGCAACACCACAGUGUCCAGAUUUUCAAACAGGAUGGCUAAAAGCAGAAGCUAAGCAGCAGGUAACACCAGGGGGGAAGCUUGAGUCAGUGACAAAAAAUGAUGCAAAAGAUAUGCCACGCAAAGAAGAAAGGAUUCCUUUUGCUGCAAGCUCUGAUGAGUAUCUUAAACAUACUGGGGACCCUUCCCCGCCCAAACUGGAAGACUAUGACCAUUUACUCAAUACUCCUCCACCUCCAGAAAUAACAAGGAUACCAGAUAAUGUUCUAAAGAUGCUUUCCCAAUAUAAUCAUAAGGUAGACUCUUCUAAAGCCAAGGAAAUGGAGACCAAGGCAGGAAAUACUACAAGAUUUGAAAGUGGUUCCACUGAUUACAGCAACAAAGAGAACAGAGGAUAUCAUGGAGUUUUCAAGACAAACAUCUGAAAUGAAACUGAAGACCAUGUUGAAACUUUCACAUUCAUGGAUCUUAUCACCAAAUCAUAACAAGUUCAAAAAGCAAAAGGAAAUACUGGUGGGAAGAAAGAGCCAUACUGAGAAAAGGCUUUUUUAAUGGAGAACAGUUCUUUAUCCAUGAUGUGGAUAAACUUGUUUGAACUAACAGCUUGUUGUUGACUUAAUCGGCAAAAUGUAUUGAGGGAUUUUAAACAUAUUGCACUUCCAAGAGGAAUGGAAAUCCAUGUACAAUGUGGUACUUCAGUUGUUUGUUGUGUAGGAUUGCAUUUGCAGUAGGCUGUAGAGAGUGCAGUUAGAUUGUAAUAAAAGUCCAGUAUAUUGCUUUCAAAAGUGGAUAUCUCUGGCUGUUCUGGUGGCUGUACAUCCUUUCAGGGCUGAAGCUGAAGUCUGGUACUUCAACAGUAUUUGGUAUCUUCAACAGAAACAAGUAAAUUUCUUUGUAUUGGAAAAGUAACUCCUGCUUUACUGUUUAAAGCAGUUCUGGGCUUUCAGUCCUUUCUGCAGUGCUAAGAUGUAUCUUACACAUUCCUGCAUCAGACUGACUGUUACCUCUCUGCCAGACAGGCAUUUCCCUUGCAGAUUCUUUCUUUAUAUAUCAACAUAGUAUCUCUCAGCUGCUGUGCAUCUGGUUUCUUUGUAGCCUUGGAAGGUGACUCCGGCUCUACUGGGAAUCAGUUGAAAAUGUGCAAUUGUUACUAGUUAUAUGUAUCUUCAGCUGCUUGGAAGAAUUUGCUGGCAGGCCUGUAGGUGGUUGCUUCCUCGCCUGCUGCUGCCAUGUGUAUUCUCUUCAGUGCUGGUGUCACUUAUAAAUGUGCACAUCUAACCCUUUAGUAGCUGACCAAGCUGAAGUUCUCAGAGCUGUCUGGCAGUCUUUUGGUAGUCAUUGUAAUUAGGGAUUUUUUUCUACCAGCACUUUUAUUGUUUUCCACCAGAAAACCCAGCUCCAUUUCCUUAUUUGGAGGCAAUUUGCUGUUUCCAGUGUCAGCUAUUCCUCUUAAGUGACUCCAGUACUGUUCUUACUGUAUGUCUUCCAUUUGAUGACUGAAAUUCUGUCAUUUAUGUGAGGGCAGACAUGCUACACAUGAGAAGGGAGAGGCUGUCGCAGGAGAUGGGGAUAAGUGGAUGGUUUUCUGAACUCAGCUCCACUUUUUUUAAGUCUUCAGGAUAUGCAAACAUCUAGAGAAACCUACAAGUAUUUCUUCCUUUGCUUAGACUUGUCCUGGUUAAAACUUGACAAGCAAAGGUGCCUUUUUCCUGCUAAUACAGUCAUUUUCCAGGAUAAGCAUGCAUCACAUUAAUUGGAGGUGAUUUUCUACUAGAUCUGACCUGAGCAUGCUGUCAUUGAAAAUGCUUAUUAAAAUUAUGUAUAUAUUAAUGUGUCAGUCUGUAAGCUUAAUUAACACUUUUGGAAACUAGAUAAAUCUGUUCAAAUGC